AUGACGCAAGUCCUGUCUAGGUACAACAAUAUCCUCAAGAUGGAAAAGAUUGAGGAAGUCUAUCCACUGGCCAGAGAUGAUAUGGAGUCGAGGAGACUGAAUGCCCAACAUCUGCUGACCGUCAAGGCUUGCGAUGGCCACCUCCUAGAUCCCUCCAUUCCUCGUCAUGGAAUUCGCUCCGUGGCAGAUGUCGCUACCGACACCGGAAUCUGGCUCACCGACUUCGCCAACGAGCUCACCACCUCCACAUCUGACUCUACAAACUCCCCCUUCGAAUUCACAGGCUUCAACAUCUCCACCGCCCAAUUCCCCAAGGAGGCCAAACCGGGUUUCGCCUUCGUAGCCCACGACAUGACCACCCCAUUCCCCGCUCAGUACCUCGCCCGCUACGACGUCGUGCACGUCCGCCUCGUCUUCAGCGUCAUCGUCAAGGAGCAGUAUCCCGCCGUCGCAGAGAACCUCCUCGCUUUGCUGAAGCCUGGCGGAUACAUCGCCUGGACCGAAUACCAGCUCGACUCUAUCCACGACAUCUGCCCCUCCUCAAUCCUCACUCAGUUCAAGUCGAUCUUCUGCAAGUUCUUGGAAUCGGCAAACCUGAGCCUGAAGCCUAUGAAGGAGAUCCGCGCCGCGCUCGAGGCGAACAAGGUCGAGAACAUCGUCGAGCACGACUAUGUCACUUUCCGCCAGCCGGAUCUUGCGGUAGAGACGCAGGCGUGGCUCAAGGCUGCAUUCAGCGCGCUGAUUCCGACGGCAUGGGUGCGGCUGGGCGAGGAGAAGACUAUCGAGGCUGCUGCGGCGAAGUGGCCGAGCUAUGAGAGGAAGAUGGAGGAGGCGUUUGAGGAGGGCGUGGUGCCGGCGUGCCCGGUCAAGAGCAUUGUGGCUAGGAAGGAGGGUUUGAAGGCUCUUGAGGAGCUGUCAGCUGAGGAGAUGUGGCAGGUUCUGGCAGAUGGUGGCUGGUGUUGUGCAGUGAAGCGAGAUGGGGAGCUCGGACAUAGAUGGAGAGCUCGGACAUAG